AUGGCAAAGAAAAUUGAACCUAUUCAUCCUGGCGAAAUGUUAAGGGAAGAAUUUUUGAUUCCUGCUAAACUUACCCCUCAAAAACUAGCUAACGGUAUUAAUGUGCCAGUUGAAGAAAUAAAAGAUAUUUUGGCUGAGAAAAAAGAAUUUACAGUUGAUAUUGCUUGUCGUUUAGCACUCUUUUUUGGAAUAGCCAAAGAAGAAGUUCAUCCAUUAACUCACAAAACCGCUAAUGGCCAUUUCCAAUCCGGAACAAAUUUUGACUUCGAUGGUCUCUCAUCUGAUAUCGGAGAUUUAAAAAAUGGUUUAGCCGGUGCAAAAGCACAAAUUGAAAAUCAAAGUAAGGAAUUACACGGCAAAAUUGAUAAUGUAAAAUCCGAAUUACAAAACCAAUUAAAACAACAAGGAGCUAAAUUUGAUGAAGAAAUUAAAAAUUUAGAUGCUAAAAUUGCUACUUUAUCCGGUGAGUUAAAAAAACAAGCCGAAGAACAGAAAAAGGAGUUACAAAAGCAAAAAGAAGAGUUGACCCGAAGUAUUAACGAGGUGGAAGAUAAAUUAAAUCAAGCCCAAAUUCAACUUCGUAAAGAAAUAGAUGAUUUAAGAAAUGAAGUCAACGAACGCUUUGCCGAACAAGAACAAAAAAUAUUAAACAACAAACGCAAAAUUGAAGAAGAAAGAUUAGCCAGAGAAGCAGAAAUCCGGGAAACCCAUGACAAAAUCAAACUUACUUCUACCAACCUUGAAAAUCUUCGCAAAGAAAAAAGCCAAUUAGAGGAUGAAUUUCUUAAUUACAAAGCUUCCAUUAACCAACAAACGGCGGAUACUCAACAAGCUUUGGAAGAUUUAGAAGCUGAAUAUCAGAGAAAGACUAAAAUUCUAGAAACUAAAAUUGAGGAUAAUCAAGAAACUUUGGAAGAAUUUAACGAACAAUUAACUAAUGUUAAAAAUGAACAAGCUCAAUCUCGUUUAGAAAGAGAAGAAAUAUUUGAAGAACUCUCCGAACAAUCGGAUCUUUUACAUUUUCAAAAACACCAACUAAAUUUAGUCUCCCAGCAAAUGGAAGAAGUGAGUGAGGAAAUUCACCAAAGAAUGAAUAAAAUUGGUAAAGAUCAUCAGAAAUUAUUCACCUUAGCCCAAGAUACCAACCAAAAGUUAAGCAAUUUAACUGAUCAGGUGCAAAAUAUUAGUCAAAAAACUAAUGAAUUAGAAAACCAAAUUAAACAAAAUAAAAUUGCCUUAGAGGAAGCUCAAUCCUUACUAGAUAACACCGAAGUAGAAGUUAACUUAGCUAAAAUUCAAAAAUCUUUACAACUCAAAGCCGAAAAAACUAAACUCUUGGCUACUUUAAAACUUUUACAGGAAACUAAAAAGCGCGGUGGAAAAAGAAUAUCCGCGAAUGGAAGAAUUAAAAAUGAAGAAAAUGAAACGGCUCCUUUAACAGACCCGGAAAAAAGAAAAGCCGAGGAAAUUAAGACCGCUCAAACUGAAAGUCAAGAAAAUGAGGAAAAUCAAGCCGAAGAACUAUUUUUAGAGCAAUUAGAAAAGGCUAAAAGUGAAAUACUAACUCGUUUACAAGAAAUUCAACCACAAAUUCAGCAAAAUAUUCAAGAAACAGCACCAAAAAAACCUACUCCUUCUCCUACUCAGCAAAAAGUUCUUAAUAUUCAGCAAACCAUUAGAGAAAAAAAGCAACUUUUAAAUCAGCAAGCACAAAAAAUUAAAAGUUUAGAAAAAAAGGCUUCUUCGGCUAAAAAUCAAAGACAAUUAGAGCAAAUUCAACAAGCAAAAGUUCAAACGGAAAAAGAAUUGUCAGAACUGCAAACCCAACUAGCUCUUUCUCAACAAGUCUUAGCAGAGCAAGAAAAUCCCCUAGAAAAGCAAGGAGAGAAAAAGGAGGAAGAAAAUAAGUUAGAACAAAAACUGGAAGAAUUAACCCAACAAAUCAAGGAAUUAGAACAACAGCAAGCUGCUAGUCAAAAACAAAU